AUGUCAUCCGCUCAAGACGAAUUUGACCAAUUCGUUCUCAACAAUCGAGAGAAGAGCUUGGCCCAUCCCGAGGACCGCAGUAAUCUCUCUGAUCGCGAUUCCUCCCCAGAACCAGAAGACCAAUUCGAGUAUUCCGACGACGAAGAUAUGGCAGCCAUGACCUCCCGCACUUCAACCUAUACCGUCCCCAACACCAAAUUCGAAGCGAACACAGGGCCCAAGGGCGUCAUUGCCGAUGCUCAAGCCUUCGAACGUGCCCGACGAAAUAACUUUCGCAAGUCGUUUGUCUCUAACACCUCGGCCGCGCAGCGAUCACAUCAUCACUCUUCCUCCAAGUCGUCAGGGGAUACUCGACUCCUUCGAAAUUCACCGCCUGCUGAUGGCUCUGGUAGUGAUCUAGACGAGGACGAGGACAAGUUCUUGCGCCGGUGGCGUGAGUUGCGUAUGCAGGAGCUGCAAAGCAAGAAGACUCGAAGGCCGAGUAACAGGCGGAGGCAGUAUGGGACUCUAGAAACGGUCGAUGCGGCGGGAUAUCUGGAUGCAAUUGAGAAGGUUCCAGCGGACCAGGUUGUUGUUGUAUGUCUGUAUGAUCCCGAGUCCAAUACCAGCGCCCUUGUCGAAGACUGCCUGCACACAAUUGCUUCCCGCCAACCAUCAGUCCACUUCGUCAAGCUUCACCACGAGAUCGCGGAAAUGGAUAACAUCGAGCCCCCCGCAUUGCUGGCAUACCGGGGCGGAGACGUCUUCGCAACACUCGUUCACAUCCCGCAGCAGAUCCCGAAAGGCCGAAGCUGUAGCGCGGACAGUCUCGAGGACCUCCUCAAAUCGUGA